AUGAAGUCCCUGGUUGGACCAGGGGCCCCAGUGGCAAGGAAUGUGGAUAAUCCUUUGGCUUUCGAAGGCAAAGAGGAGAAAUUUGAUCUGGAGGUUCCUCCUCUCACCCCAACCAGUAAAGAAGUCAUCAGUCAGGCCCUGAAGGCCUCGUUCUCUGGGUUUUCUCAGCAGAGGAUCAACCAUCACUUCCCUCAUGACUGGGAGGUAAACUUCUGGUUGGACUGGUGUCAGGCCGAGUUCGGUCUCAGCUGUGUGGACUCAGAUCUGCGUGGUCUGCAGGGGGCGGAGCUCUGCGGUCUGGAUAGGGAAGCGUUCCUGAACCUGAUGUCAGACUGUACAGCCGGAGAGAUCCUGUGGGAGCACCUGGAGGACAUGAGGAGAGAGAACGAAUAUGACUGCAGCUCUUCAUUAUCUACGUGCACCAUAUCAUCUUACUGUCAGCUGCAGACCAACAAAGAAAACCUCUCAACCUUUGUGGAGGAUGAUCCAGACAAACUCAGCUAUCAUCACCUCCAGUACCACCACAGCGAGAGGACCGACCUCCACCCUCUGAGCUCAGUCAGCAUCCAACAUCAGGAUUAUUAUCUCAUCAAAUCUGAGGAUCAGAGAGGAAACCUGAAUGCUGCUCUGCUGCAGGAAACACCAGCUGGAGCAGAGACGGACUCUGAGGUGGAGAUUUCUCACAGCGAUGACUCUGACAUCGUGGGCUCUCUGCCUUGGACUGCUCCACUUCAAGAGAUUGAUCCUGUGAUGGAGGAGAACAUGUCAGAAGAUAUCUUCAUUUUACCACAGACACAUCGAAGCUUCAAAGAAUACGUCGGGAAUAAGACCGACCUGGGCCGAGCCGUGAUACCAGCAGCUAUCCUGGCUGGGUAUACAGGAAGUGGUCCGAUCCAGCUGUGGCAGUUUCUCCUGGAGCUGCUCACAGACCGGACCUGUCAGUCCUGUAUCAGCUGGACUGGAGACGGAUGGGAGUUCAAGCUGACUGACCCCGAUGAGGUGGCGCUGCUGUGGGGUCGCAGGAAGAACAAACCAAAGAUGAACUACGAGAAGCUGAGUCGAGGUCUGCGAUACUACUACGACAAAAACAUCAUCAGAAAGACGGCUGGAAAGCGCUACGUCUACCGCUUCGUGUGCAACCUGCAAGGCCUGCUGGGAUACGAGCCUGGGGAGCUGCACGCCAUGUUGGACGCCAACAACAAGAGUCAGUGA